GGCGCGGGAGUGAAUUCAGACUGCCCCUUUCGAAAGCGUGAACACUGCGUCGUAGGUAAGGUAUCGUAACCCCAGUCAAGAUAGUCCUCAAUCUCAACAAUGGGCUCCAAAAUUCCGAUUGUCAAGAAGCGCACGAAGCCAUUCAUUCGGCAUCAGUCGGACCGUUACGCCUCUGUAAAGCCAGCAUGGCGAAAACCCAAAGGUAUCGACAAUCGAGUUCGACGACGUUUUAAAGGUCAACUUCCUAUGCCCUCAAUCGGUUAUGGAUCAAACAAGAAGACCCGUCACCUGAUGCCUAACGGUUACCGAAAAUUUGUGGUCAACAACGCUGAUGAACUCGACCUCCUAUUGAUGCACAACAAGAAAUAUGCUGCCGAGAUCGCCCACACUGUUUCAGCCCGAAAGCGUGUUUUGAUUGUUGAAAAGGCAAAGAUUUUAGGUCUCAAAGUUACCAAUGGUGCUGCUAAACUCAGGUCCGAGGAAUAAAUUUGUCAAUGUCACUCUUAUGCUUUUCAAUGGCCUCAGUAACUCUUCACUUCCUACAAGAAUCGUCAACCAAACUCGACCUUGUGUUCAAUAUGUUCCUGUCAACUUUCUAUGGCGUCCGUCACCUCUGUAAUCAUGCCCGUGCCUUCUGA